AUGGAUUUCCAGAGCUGGUUUGCGUUCCCUGUUGGAGUACUGCUAUGCUGUAUUCUUCAGGCAUCUGCCAUUCAACUUCCUGCAUCUGAAAACUGCACCAGCAAUGGUCAAAGAAUAUCCUUCAGCCAUUCCUACAAGAUUGACCUGCCCACAUCCUCCCAGAUCAAGGUAGAGGCGGAUCCAUUGCAGCACGAAGGCAGCAGUGGGGUGCAGCUAGAUCCUGGUGAGGCUGAGGAAAAUGAAGAGCAGGAUAUCAUCUUUAGGCACAACAUCCAUGUGCAUGCACCCAAAGCGAGCUGUGAAACUCUGGCCCAUGUUAAAGACCUUCUUGAGAGGAUGGAGAAGCUAGAGAAAGAAGUUGCAGAACUGAGAGAAAUCUGCAGCCCUCAAAAGUGCUGUGGGGGAAGCCAGGGUGUCACGCACUGCAGCGGUCACGGGAUGUUCCUCUAUGAGACCUGCAGCUGUAAGUGUGCAGAGGGCUGGGAGGGCAGUGACUGCUCCCGCCCCACCUGCCCCAACCUCUGCAGUGGCCACGGGCGCUGUGAUGGCGGGAGGUGUAUCUGUGAUGAGCCUUAUUUCAGUGAGGACUGCAGCCAGCAGCUCUGUCCUGAGAACUGCAGCGGCAAUGGGAUCUGUGACACAGCUAAAGGGGUCUGCCUGUGCUAUGAGGAGUUCAUCGGAGAGGACUGCAGCGAGAAACGAUGUCCCGGGGACUGCAGUGGCAAUGGGUUCUGUGACACAGGAGAGUGCUACUGCCAUGAGGGGUUCUUUGGCCCUGAUUGCUCCCAGGUGCUUGCUCCUCAAAACUUGCAGCUGCUGAAUGCUACAGAGGAUUCCAUGGCUGUCAGCUGGGAUCAAAUGAUUGAUGUGGAUAAUUACCUCAUCAGCUAUUACCCAGUGGGGCAUGAGACACUGGAGAAACAAGUCUAUGUGCCCAAAGAGCAGCUCAGCUAUGAGAUUACAGGUCUCCAUCCUAGCACCACAUACAAUGUCACACUUCGUCAUGUGAAGAAGGGGAUUGCCAGUGAGCCCAUGCAACUACAAGCAAGUACAGUCCCAUCUGCACUCAGUGCCAUCUGGGUGACGGAGGAGAUGGAGUAUUCCCUGGAAGUAGAGUGGGAGAACCCACCAACAGAUGUGGAUUAUUACAAGCUGAAAUUCAGAUCCCUGGUGGGCGUGGAUGAGAAGCAGGUCAUGGUGCCCAAAAGCAGUGACCCCAAGAGCAGACACAUCAUGACUGGCCUAAAACCUGGCAUGGAGUAUGAGGUUACUGUCAUACCUGUGAAAGAUGAUACAGAGGGUAAACCAUCCUCAGUGAGUGGCAGGACAGGAAUUGAUAGCCCAACCAAUGUGGUGACAGAUCAAGUGACGGAAGACACAGCCACUGUCUCAUGGAAUAAAGUUCAGGCUCCCAUAGACAGGUACAUGGUGAGAUACACCUCAGCUGAUGGAGACAUCCGGGAAACAGAGGUAGGCAGUGAAAACAGCAUCAUCACCUUAUUGAAUCUGAAGCCAGGCAUGGAAUACACCAUCCAUAUCUGGGCAGAGAAGGGACCCCACAAGAGCAAGAAAGCCAGCACCAGAGCUCUGACAGAGAUUGACAGCCCCACUAAACUGUUGACUGAUCAAGUGACAGAGAAUGCAAUCACAGUUUCCUGGAACAAAGUCCAGGCUUUAAUAGACAGAUACAGAGUGAAUUACACCUCAGCUGAUGGGGAUACAGAGGAGAGAGAAGUGGAGAAAGACAAGAAUAUCACCACCUUGGCAGGACUGAAGCCAGGCAUGGAGUAUGUUAUUCACCUCUGGGCAGAAAAGGGAGAACAACAGAGCAAGAAGGCCAGCACUGAGGCUGUGACAGAAAUUGACAGCCCCACUCACCUGGUAACUGAUCAAGUGACAGAGGACACAGUCACCAUCUCCUGGGACAGGGUUCUGGAUCUCAUAGAUAAGUACGUGGUGAAUUACACCUCUGCCAAUGGUGAUACUGAGGAGAUAGAAGUGGGGAAGAACAAGACUGCCACAACUCUGGUAGGACUGAAACCUGGCACUGAAUAUGUCAUCUACCUCUGGGCAGAGAAGGGAGUGCAGCAGAGCAAGAGAACCAGCACUGAGGCAGUGACAGAAUUGGACAGCCCAAAGAAUCUGGUAACUGACCAAGUGACAGAAGACUCAGCCACAAUCUCCUGGGAUAGCGUCCGAGCUCCCAUAGAUAGGUAUAUCGUGAGCUACACUUCUGCUGAUGGGGGCACCAAGGAAAUAGAAGUGGGAAAGGCUGAGAGCGUUACAACUCUGACAGGACUGAAAGCAGGCAUGAAGUACACCAUUCAUCUCUGGGCAGAGCUGGGAAGCAUGCAGAGCAAGAGGGCAAGCACUGAUGCGCUGACAGAGAUUGAUCCUCCCAGGAACCUCCAUGUAUCUGAUGUGACUCAGACUACUGGUGUAGUUACCUGGGCUCCUCCUGCAGCACAGAUUGAUGGCUACACUCUGACCUACCAGGGUCAAAAUGGCACCAGCAAGGAAGUGCAGCUGGGUCCUAGGGAACAACAGUUUGUGCUGGAAGGACUGGAACAAGGAACAAAGUACACUGUGUUUGUGAUGGCCUAUAAGGGAGAUCACCAGAGCAGAAAGACAGUCGGUACCUUCUCAACAGUUAGCUUCCUCUACCCGUACCCUGCGGACUGUGCCCAGAUGCAGCAGAAUGGAAACAUCUCCAGCGGCCUGUACACCAUUUAUCUCAAUGGCAAUGGCAGCAGGCCCAUGCAGGUGUACUGUGACAUGACCACUGAUGGAGGCGGGUGGAUAGUGUUUCAGAGGCGGAGCAGUGGUGAACUGGAUUUCUACAAACGCUGGAAAAAUUAUGUGGAAGGCUUUGGAGAUCCCACUGGGGAAUUUUGGCUUGGUCUUGACCAGCUGCACAAUCUCACAAGCAGCAGCCCCAUCCACUAUGAGCUGCGGGUGGAUCUGCGGACAGCCAACGAGUCUGCCUAUGCUGUCUAUGACUUCUUCCAGGUUGCCUCGAGCAGGGAGAGAUACAGGCUGUCCGUGGGGAAUUACAGAGGCAAUGCUGGAGAUGCAAUGACUUACCACAAUGGCUGGAAGUUCACAACGUGGGACAGAGACAAUGAUGUGGCUCUCAGCAACUGUGCUCUGACGCACCAUGGUGCGUGGUGGUACAAGAAUUGCCACUUGGCCAACCUCAAUGGGAAAUAUGGGGAGAGCAAGCACAGUGAGGGGGUGAAUUGGGAGCCAUGGAAGGGCCAUGAGUUCUCCAUCCCUUUUACUGAGAUGAAGAUUCGUCCUCAGUCUUCUAGUAAUGAGUCAGUCUUGGCAAGGAAGAAGAGAUCUCUACCAGGAAAAACGAGGCAGAUCCGAUUUUAAAUUGUCCUCUGUGCGUGACAGCACCCAAAGAUUAUGAUUUGGUAUUUCUUAACAAAAUUAGGUUUGGAUGACUUCCUCCACUACUUUGGAAGCAGCUGCUGACCCAGCUUGGACCCAGAAGUCUCUGAAUCUGCAGCCCAGCCUGUUUCCAGCCUUUGGAGGUCCUGGUGGGUGCUCUGUCAGAGACUGGGAGGGGACUUGUGGGCGGCAUGCCACUUGUAGCUUUCCUGGUUAAACGUGACAAGGACCUGCUUGAUCCAAUGUGUGCAACUUUUAUGAAUUGUUCGUAAAACAAGCUUUAACACGUUACUGUUUCUCAAAA